AUGAAUAGGGAGGCAUUGACGAAAAAUGAAAAGAUCACCUACUCUCUUGGUUUUGUGGGGCUAUUGAUCUUUACAGGCAUCACCGCGGGUCUUCAGGUAGCGUUGUUUUCUAUGGACCGCCUGUUUCUUCGAAUCCUCACAACAACGGGAUCACUACGGGAACGGCGGCAGGCCAAACGUCUAUUGGGUAUCCUGCGACUCGGUCACUGGACGCUGGUGGCCUUGCUUUUAUCGAAUGCAUCGGCAAUGACGGGUCUGCCUAUUCUCCUUGAGGAUAUUUUUGAUCAACUGACAGCACUUCUUGUCUCUCUCACCGCCGUUCUUUUUAUUAGCGACAUUAUUCCUCUCUCCAUUUUUGUCCGCUGGUCGUUUCCGAUUUGUUCAUUCUUUGUUCCAUUAGUCUGGGUACUGUUGGUCGUGACUGCCCCGGUGAGUUAUCCGGUAGGAAAGCUUCUGGACCGCCUACUGGGGGAAAAGGAAGAUCUUCUCCGCAGCGACGAGUUGGUGGCUUUGUUUUUAGCCCAGCAGAAUGAGAGGGCGUUCCUUCGAGAGUCGGAAGUCAACAUGCUCACAGGAGCCUUGCGGCUCUCAAGUCACCGUGUGCAGGAUUUCAUUGUGACGACAUGCGACAAGGCGUUUAUGCUCUCAUCACGAACGCGGCUGGAUAAAAAAACGGUGGAGAUGAUUCUUCUUGCUGGGUACAGCCGAAUUCCUGUGUACCUGAACGACAACCGACGGCACAUUCUCGGCACCCUCAUUGUGCAGUCACUGGUCAAUUUGUGCUUUACUAAUCCGAAUAAACCUCCACGAGCAGGGGAGUAUCCCCUUUUAGAGACGCUGCGUCUGCCCGCGAGCACCACGCUGUAUAACUCGUACCUUGCUUUUCAGAAAAAUUCAUCAAAUAUGGCUGUGGUGUACGACAAUUGUGGGGUGAUGGUGGGACUGUGGACCCUCACCGAUCUGCUCUGUACGCUUUACAACACCAGUCCAGCGCACGAAGGAAGCAACACACGCAGACAGGAACUUAUGGUCACCCUACUGGAAAGUAUGAAGGCGAUGAAUGCUGCAAGCCGCAAGGCGCAGGGAAAUGUCAAUGCUGCGAUUGAAUCCGAUGAAUUUUUUGUCGGUGGGCGUAAAAAAUAA